AUGGAUCAUGGGUUUCUUCACUAUCCAUGUCCAAAACAAACCACAAGAUUGAUUUGGGUAUUCGGAAUCUCAUUGGUUGUUGUAUUGACUCUUCAAUAUUCCGAACUUCCAAUAUUCAACAGCAUAUCACUUCUACUUUCUAGUGCUAAGGCCUCCUUUGUUCGAGAAAGUUAUUUCUCAAAUGCAAACAACACAAGUUUCAUGCAACAAGACUUAAAAGAUUCGUAUUCAGGUGUUAACGGAUCUUCCCCCAAAAAUUCCACAGAGGAAAGAGAAAAAACUGCCCAAAAUGGAGAUCUGAAAAAGCCCAAAAUGGAGACUUUACCAGUAAUGUCAAUUUCCCAGAUGAAUGAAGAGCUAAAGAAAAGUCGUUCUUCCCUUUAUUCAGUCACAUCUCAAGUUUCAUCAUUGGUUGAUCAACAACUACUUGAAGCAAAAUCACAAAUUGAAAAUGCCGCCUUCACUAGCAAUGAUUCGGGACUUUACGCCCCUAUUUAUCGGAAUAUUUCCAUGUUUAAAAGGAGUUAUGAAAUAAUGAACCGAAUGCUCAAAGUGUACAUCUACAAAGAUGGAGAAAAGCCGAUUUUCCAUGAUUGGAUACUUGAGGGAAUAUAUUCAUCUGAGGGUUGGUUUUUGAAACUGAUGGAAGAAAAUAAACAAUUUGUAACAGAAGACCCGAAUGAAGCUCAUUUAUUCUACAUACCCUUUAGUUCCCGAUUGCUUGAGUUAACACUUUAUGUUCCUCAUUCACACAGUCGUGAGAAUCUGAUUCAGUUCAUGAAGAACCACACUGAAAUGCUUAUAAGUAAAUAUCCAUUUUGGAAUAGAAGGAAUGGAUCAGAUCAUUUUCUGACUGGUUGCCAUGAUUGGGCCCCAGCGGAAACAAGGGGACGUUUACUCAACACUAUAAGAGCCCUUUGCAAUGCCGACAUUCGAACAGGUUUCAAAAUAGGCAAAGACGUUUCACUUCCAACAACAUACGUAAGAUCCUCAAAAAAUCCUCUGAAAGACAUAGGAGGCAACCCUCCAACACAACGACCAAUUCUAGCCUUUUUUGCGGGUCAUAUGCACGGAUAUGUCCGACCCGUUUUAUUAAAUCAUUGGGGAAACGAUACAGACAUGAGAAUAUUCGCCCGAAUGCCUCAUGUUAAAGGCAACAAAAACUACAUCGACCACAUGAAAAGUAGCAAAUACUGUAUUUGUGCUCGAGGAUUUGCGGUUCAUAGCCCGAGAGUUGUGGAGUCGUUAAUUUACGAUUGUGUCCCUGUGAUUAUAUCGGAUAAUUACGUGCCUCCGUUUUUUGAGGUUUUGAAUUGGGAAUCGUUUGCGGUUUUUGUGUUGGAGAAGGAUAUUGUGAAUUUGAAGAAGGUGUUGCUUUCGAUUUCUGAAGAGAAGUAUGUUGAGAUGUAUGAGAGAGUGAAGAAGGUUAAGGAGCAGUUUUUUUGGCAUUCGGAGCCUGUUAAGUAUGAUUUGUUUCAUAUGAUUCUUCAUUCUGUGUGGUAUAAUAGAGUUUUAAGAAUGUAAGGGAUAUGAGAGCUAGUAAUAUGUUGGAUUUGUGAUAAUAUUGCAAGUUCUGGUUUGUUGUAUGAUUAUAAGAAAGUUGAUAACAAAAUGGUUAUACUUUUUACCGUUUUAAGAAAAUUAUUUUGGAAGAAAGAUUCUUCGAAACAGUUUGAGAAAUUUUAACUUGUUAAAUCAAGCCCUUAUGCACUCGAG